AUGGGAGCUGGAGCGAUUCUCGAGCCUCUUGUGGUCAUCGUCCUGCUCUUCGGAGGCACCUGGAUUAAUCGGUCCACCAAAGCCUUCUUUCCUGUCCGCAGAACCCGUAGAUCCAGCAUCGAUGCGCGGAGUGGUUCCCCAGAUUCGUUGGAGUCCGGCCUGUUAACGCCAACAGCAAAGGAUGGUCUGCUGAGUGAACGGUCUCUCUCACCUACGUUGGUCGACUUCGAUCAGAGUCAGUGGCGCAAACGUCAGAUUCAGUUCCUGUCGUUCAAAUUCGAGGUGACCUCGCCAAACACAACAGUCUUCGAAGGCCGUCUUCUCAGUCGCCUGAUUCGAAAGUUCCCUUUUCUGGUCGAGUGCUGGUACUGGGCUCUGCUUUACUGGACAUAUCAGUUGGGUCGAGCUUUCACAGCGGUUACGCUUCAGGAAGGAACCGUCGAUGUCGCGAGGAAGCAUGCUUUGCAGAUAAUUCAGAUCGAACAAGAGCUUGGAAUCUUCCUGGAAAUCCCGAUCCAGCGGUUCUUCCUUCAACAUGAUCGGUUGAUGGCCGUGACGAAUUGGGUGUAUUCCUUCAUCCAUAUCCCAGGCACAAUUGCCUUCCUGGUCUGGCUCUACUACUACACAACCACGCGCAAUCGAGUUGAUGAAUCGCAACUGGGUAAGCCUUGGGGCGCUGCGAAGGGGUCUCCCGCCGGUCCGCGCCUUUAUCAGGCCCGACGACGUACCCUCGCCGUAUGCAAUCUUCUCGCAUUCGUGGUCUUUACCCUGUGGCCCUGCAUGCCUCCUCGUCUCCUGAGCGACAAGAGCGUUAAAGGUCCCGAAGGAGAGCUUGCGCGCAGCUACGGCUUCGUUGAUACCGUGCAUGGCGUGAACGGCGCUGGAAGUGUCUGGACACAGAAUCGAUUUUGUAACCAAUAUGGUAAGCAUCGAUUUGGCCCGCUGUAA